UUCCAAACGCACUCAAGUCUCCCAAUUAUACGUUCGCCUUUAAACGGAACUAAUCAUUUUCGUUCCCUCUUUCCCUUUCGAUGUUUUGACAAAAGGACUGAACCUUCUCUCACAGGUGGGCGCUUGACUAUUUCAAAGCGUAUUCGUGACUCUUCUUUAACUCGUUCUUUCGACAUUAACUCGCCUGAAUUCGCUUGCACGAUGAAUUAAAUAUAAUUCACUCUGCCCUCCUCUUUUGACAUUAACUCGUAUUUCUUUCUGCAUACUGCAAGCAAAUCUGUUUCGCCCUGCUUUUUUUCUGUCCGUCUUUCUUUCAACGGGUGAUUAACGUUGGAAUCAAUGGCAUCUUCUUCAUCAUCUCAUCGGCAAAUUCAGGAAUUUAAUGUCUCCUCUGGAAUAGAACCUGCUGGCAAAAGAAGAAAGGUUUCUGAAUCUACAAAAUUGUUCGAUGUUUUCAUAAAUCACAGAGGCCCCGAUGUCAAAGAAACUCUGGCUACUCAGCUUUACAACUGUCUUCAGCAGUUGGGAAUACGGGCGUUUCUUGAUAAGGAAGAGAAGGAACUUGGAAAUUCUUUUCCUUCUACCAUCGAGACUGCCAUCCGCUCUGCUAAGGUACACAUAGCCAUCUUUUCCAAAAGAUAUGCAGAGUCACCUUGGUGCCUGGCUGAGCUGGUUCUCAUGUUAGACAGCCAGGCCAAAAUUAUUCCUGUGUUUUAUGAAGUGAAGCCUAGUGACCUCCGCCACAUUGAAAAGGGAGCAUACGCUGAUGCAUUCAAGAAAUAUGAAGAAAAGGGCAGGUACCUGGAGAAGCACAACCAGUGGAAAGAAGCUCUUCAGUCACUUUCAUUAAUAGCUGGGGAAGAAUUUGACAGAUUCAGUGACUGCAAAAACAUAAUAGUAGCAGUGCAAGAAGAGGUAAAAAGGAAAACAUGUUUUCAUGUUGCUGAAUAUCCAGUGGGGCUUAACAACCUUGUGGAAGAUUUUGAAAGGCAUUGCCUUGAAGAACUUGUACAAGAUUUUGAAAACCAGUUUAGACUGAAGACUGUGAAGAAUAAGGUUGUGGUAGUUGGCAUUUUUGGAAUGGGUGGGUCGGGCAAAACAACUCUUGCAAAAGAAUUGUUUAACCGAAAGAUGUCUACUUAUUCUAGAGCAAGUUUUCUGUUUGAUGUGCGAGAAGCAUCUGCGAGAAGCAACUUACCUUAUUUGCAACUUAAGCUUCUCAAAGAUCUCUUUGACACACAUCAUCUGAAUUUUACAAGUACGGAAGAAGGAAUAAGCUAUCUCAAAGAUAAUCUACAAAGGAGCCCUGGGCAUUUAAGCUUCCUAAUUGUUGUCGACGAUAUCGAUCAUGUCCAACAGUUAAACGCUCUACUGGUCAGGGAUAUCUUAAAAAAAUCUGGCAUAAACAAAGCUCUGGUCAUUGUGACAACCCGGGACGUCGGGGUGCUUGUUACCUCAGGGCUAACUGUUGGUUAUAAUUUAAAAGGAAUGGAUAAAAACCACGGGAGGAAACUCUUCUGUUGGCAUGCCUUUGGCCAAUCCCAUCCAUGUACCGGGCACGAGUCAGUGGUUAAUGAAUUCGUAGACGUGUGUGGAGGGUUACCUCUGUCUCUCCAGGUUCUCGGCCGACAUGUCCAUGGUAGAGCUCACAGUUAUUGGAGGUCACAAUUGAUUAAAGCUAGAAUGAUGCUGCCUCGAGAUGUAAAGCAAAGAUUGAAAAUAAGCUUUGAGGCAUUGGAUGAUGAACAAAAACAGGUUUUCAUGGAUAUUGCCUGUUUUUUUGUGGGCAGAUCUAAGGGUACAGCCGAAAGAGUAUGGGAGGCAUCAGGGUGGAAUGCUCAACAUGCACUGGAGACACUCAAAGAUAAAUGCCUUGUGGAAGAAAUCAACGAGAUUCGGGGAGAUGUAAUUUUAUUGAGAAUGCAUGACCACCUGAGGGACUUGGGAAGAGAAAUGGCACUUGAGCUCAGCCCUCCCCAACGCCUGUGGCGUCCUCAAGAUCUGAAAUCUUCGGCUUUAAUGGGUUUCAAAAAUGUCCUCACCCAAACCAAUAUGAGGUGUUUCCACUCCAUUUUUGACAAGUCCAUUGGUUCUCAAGUUACAUUCUUUUUAGGCCAAUCACAUAAUUGUGUUGAGACGUCAGCUUCCUUGCUAUGGCUCAAGCUCGAGGGGAAUUCCACGGAACAAUCAAGUAUUCCUUCAUGGAUUCCUCUUCAAAAUUUGCAUCAUCUAGAAAUCCACUCUGGACAGCUCAACACGUUGCGGGAGAAUAACAUAGAGGCACCUUCCCGCUUGAAAGAGCUGCUGAUUUAUGAAAACUCUUUGAAAGAGUUUCCAGAUUUAUCAGGAAUUUCAGAUAGUUUAGAAAAUGGAUUCUUAGAAAGCCUUGAAAAGCUAGUGAUUAGCGGUGAAUAUUUUGUAUCCAAGAUAUUAAUUAGUGGAAUUCACUAUCCCAGCCUUGACUCGAUCACACUUGAAUAUAUGGGAAAUCUUAUGGAAGUGAAUUUAAGAAGUGUAAAGACCUUAAAAUCACUUGCUAUUGUAUAUUGUGAUAAACUCACAAGAUUGACAGGAACAUCUCAUCUUACAAAUCUUGUCCUAUUAAGGAUUACUCAAUGUCCAGACCUUGAGGAGCUAAGGCUUGCUCAUCCGAGCUGUCUUGAAAGGAUCACAAUUGGUUAUUGUACAAAGUUGAGAAGUGUGUUAGGAAUAUCUGAUCUUUUGAAGCUUGUAGAACUGGAUAUUUAUUAUUGUGAGAAGCUAAAGUUUGAUCACUUGAGUCUUUCUGGUAUGAAAUGUCUCGAGAGGAUGACAUUUGAUAAAUAUGUAAAGGUGAAAUAUUUUGAAUUGGAUAGCUGUCAAAAUUUGAAAACAAUACAGUUUGGUUGUGAAGAGCUUGUAGGACUAAGCAUUCGGACCUGUCCGGAGCUUGAGCGGUUGCCAAUUUUUAGAGGCCCAAGUUGCCUGGAGAAGAUUAUAAUUGAUAGAUGCAGAAAGCUCAAAUGUCUUCAAUUGGAUGGUUGUCAAAUUUUGAAAACAAUACAGUUUGGCUGUGAAGAGCUUGUAGAAUUAAACAUUCGGGGCAGUCCGGAGCUUGAAGAAUUGACAAUUUUUAGAGGCCCAAAUUGCCUGGAGAGGGUUAUAAUUGAUGGGUGUGGAAAGCUCAAAUGUCUUCAAGUGGAUGGUUGUCAAAAUUUAGAAAGUGUGUUAGGAAUAUUUAAUCUUGCAAAGCUUGUAGAAUUGGAAAUUUGUGGUUGUGGGAAGCAAGACUUUGAUCACUUGUGUCUCAGUGGUCUGAAGUGUCUCGAGAGGAUUAAAUUUGAUACACUUGUAAAGUUCAAAUAUUUUGAAUUGGAUGGUUGUCAAAUUUUGAAAUCAAUACAGUUUGGCUGUGAAGAGCUUGUAGAAUUUAGCAUUCGAGGCUGUCCGAAGGUUGAAGAAUUGCCAGUUUUUAGAGGGCCAAGUUUCUUGGAGAGGAUUAUAAUUGAUGGAUGUGAAAAGCUGAAAUGUCUUCAAGUGGAUGAUUGUCGAAAUUUGAAAACAAUACAGUUCGGCUGUGAAGAGCUUGUAGUAUUAAGCCUUCGGGGCUGUCCAGAGCUUGAAAACUUUCUCCUUUUUAGAGUCCCAAGUUGCUUAGAGAGGAUUAUAAUUUCUGGAUGUGGAAAGCUCAAAUGUCUUCAAGUGGAUGGUUGUCCAAUUUUGAAAAGUGUGUGCGGAAUAUAAAGUCUUGCAAAGCUUCUAGAAUUAGAAAUUUGUAGAUGUGGGAAGCAAGAGUUUGAUCACUUGUGUCUCAGUGAUCUGAAGUGUCUCGAGAGGAUUAAAUUUGAUACACAUGUAAAGGUGAAAUAUUUUGAAUUUGAUGGUUGUCAAAAUCUGAAAACAAUGCAGUUUGGUUUUAAAGAGCUUGUAGAAUUGGCCAUUCGGGGCUGUCCAGAGCUUGAGAAAUUGCCAAUAAGAGGCCCAAGUUGCCUGGAGAGGAUUAUAAUUGAUGGAUGUGGAAAGCUCAAAGCUCUUCAAUUGAAUGGAUGUCAAAAUUUGAAGAGUGUGUUAGGACUGUCUAAUCUUGCAAAUCUUGUAGAACUGGAAAUUUGUGAUUGUGGGAAGCUAGAGUUUGAUCACUUGUGUCUCAGUGGUAUGAAGUGUCUCCAGAAAAUGACAUUCCAUAGAAAUGGAAAGGUGAAUUAUUUUGAAAUAGAAGGUUGUCAAAAUUUGAAAACAAUGCAGUUUGGUUGUGAAGAAGUUGUAGAAUUCAGCAUUCGGGGCUGUCCGAAGCUUGCGAAAUUACCAAUUUUCGCAGGUCCGAGUUGCCUGGAGAGGAUCAUAAUUGAUGAAUGUGGAAAGUUCGAACGUCUUCAAGUGGAUGGUUGUCAAAAUUUGAAAAGUGUGUCUGGUAACUUUGAGCUUAGGCAGGUGCAUAUUAUAAAUUGUCCUGAGCUUGAAGAGGUGCCGAAUCUUGACAGACUGCGCUAUUUGUGGAGCAUUACAAUUCACAGCUGUGAGAAGCUCCAGAACAUAUCAGGUAUCGAAGAAUGGAAUGUAUCACACAAUAUGAGUCUCUGUUAUUGCAGCAAUGCACUAAUACGGAGUUCCAUUCGUAAGUUGAAGAAUGUGCAGCUAUUUUGUCCCGCAGUUUUGAUUGGAAGGGCAGUGGAUGGAGCAGAGUCAACUUCAAACCAAUUCUCUUUUUCUGAAUUUGAAACCUAUGCACUAACUAGUGGCGACAGGCCAAUGGUUGGAUUCAUUGUUUGCUUUGUGAUAAAGGUCGAUAGUUCUUCUCCGGUAGAAGAGGUGAAUAAAAUUUUCUACCCUAGAUUUCAGGUGCGACAAGGAGAAUGGAUAAUUACAAUGGUAGUUCGUAGAAUGAGUUUUACGAACUACGAGUGUCAGCGAAUUGAAGAUACUCUAAGGAAUUGUGGAAUAUUGAAGGGGGCUUUUUGCGCAAAAAGUAAGGGUGUGCAUGUGUUACGUGCAAUUGUUGAUAAGCUAUAUCAUUCAUAAAUGGAGUCGUCUUGGAAAUUGUUACAAA